AUGCUGCGCCUCUUCUCUGUCCAGCUCCUAGGAGUCUGGCUGCUGCUGAGCCACGUUUCUGGGAGGGUACCUCCUGGAUGGUUGGACCAAGUUAUUAAGCUAUGUGGACGAGAAUUAGUCCGAGCCAGGAUAGAGAUCUGUGGCAAGGUCUCAUUGGGAGCCAGAGAUUUGGACCAAGAGGAAGUACGUGCUCUGGGAUCUGGACCAUUCACAGAAAUCGUACCAUCUUUGACCAACAAGGAUGCAGACUCCCUAAAUACACUGGAAUUCAUUCCUAAUGUGCAACAAGAGUUGAAGGCAACACUGUCGGAGGGACAGCCAUCAUUACCACAGCUACAACAAUACGUACCUGUAGUAAAGAAUUCAAAUGUUGGAGUUCAAGAGCUUAAGAAAAUUAUUCAUAAUAGACAAGAUGAAGCAGAAGACAACGGCCAUUCAGGACUGUCUAAUGUCUUAGACUUGAAAGUUCAUUCACCAAAAUGGAGACAGCUUGAAAUGGCAAUGAGCGACAAAUGUUGCCAAAUUGGUUGUACCAGAAGAUCUGUUGCUAAAACAUGCUGAGAUGAAUUUAA